GUGUGCUCCGGGCUUCAGCGCGGACACAAGCAACCCUUCUACAGCUUGCUGCUGUAGGGUGACCGGUUCGGAUACAUGGCUGAGGAGGAGCUGCAGCUGUCCCCGGAUCCCCAGCCAAUCAGCCAUCAGGAAGUGGGUCGCUUCUUCACCCGGUUCGACGGCGAACGGUAUGAGCCGAUCGCUCCGCUGGCUAUUCGCUUCCCGGAGCCGCUGUGUGAGCAUGAGACGAAAGCGAACUUCGUCGAGUCUUCGACAGAUGGAAGCGACAGCGAAUGGGAGGACGACGUUGGAGAUGAAGAGGAGGAUCGGAGACCCUCACCGCCCACAGUGUGGAUGGGCGUUUGGCCAGCGAUCCUCCCCGAGGACUCAGAUGAUGAGGACACCGAUGGUUGAGCCGUGACCGCUCACGGUGAUCCGUUGAACCACUUAUGGCUAUGUUUGGGCUGUUAA